AUGGCAGAGGAAGAUAUGACAACCUCUGGCUCAGCACACGAUACUGGCAAGAUGCCAGAACGCGAGGAAUCCGAGGAUGGCACGCCCAGUCCUAUGCCGAUACCUACGCCGAAUCCUAACGGCAUGGUGACCAUGGCAGCAGCAGAUCUCAUUGCACUCUGCGAGCGACUGAUAUCAGCACGCGCGCGGCCACCUCCUCCACCUCCUCCACCACCUCCACCUCCUCCGAACCCUAUACCAGAAGAAGAUCCGAACAUGCUGGCUCGCGAAUACCAGAAGGAAGCGCAGGCCUCGUUGAACACAAAGUCCGUCACCACGUUCGAUGGCACCAACUACCAGACGUGGAAGAUGGCGUUCUUGUCGGAUGCAGAAGUGAUCGGUGGUGCAGAUAUUCUUAAUAAGAACCAACAGGAACCACCUGAAGGUUUAUCAUCGCUCGAUCAGCGAUAUUGGGUGAUACGUUCAAAACUUCUCUUCCGUCGCAUGUUGCAAUCCCUAGUAGGUUCUGUCCGUUUGACCAUGGGAUCCAUUCAACCCGACAACGCGGCGGCCCUAUGGAACAAGGACGGUGAUUACCUGGCAUACGUACGCCGAUAUCAAUACCUGUCUGCUCGCAUGCGACAACUAACGGAGGACCGUGGUGAGAACUACCUCCAUGAUUUCUUUAUUAUCGGCCUCCGAGAUUAUCAGAGGACCUAUGUUAAAUCACGCCUCGAUACGUUCUACGGGACGGGUCAGGGUCCGAUUGUCAACCUAGAUAUCAACGAUCUCACAAAACAAAUUGCUCACCGGAUGAGUAAAUCAGAGGAUACUGGACGCCCUAAAGCUCCAAAGGCCAACGCGGCCACCAAUGAUAAUGACAACACAACUUCCGCCGCAACCGCAAAGUGCGGAUACUGCAAGGUCCCAGGGCAUAUAAAGGCUAAUUGCUAUCAUCUGAACCCUGACAAAGCGCCCGAGUGGUGGAGGAAAGAGAAUAAGGAUAAUAAGGGCACUGACAACACUGAAGGUGCCAAAAAGAAGGGAAAGGAUAAGAAGAAGGACAAGGAUGACGACCAACCUACUGGCACCAGAGCGCCAGAUCUCCUUGCAUCGCAACCUAAUGCCAACGCAGCAAUUGCUUUAUCUACGUCGUCCGCUACAACAUCCAAACCUUGGUAUCUCGACACCUGCGCAAGCUUCAAUAUGACGGGUGAAAGGCACUCGUUGGUGCGCGCAAAGUCGUUCGAAGGUGAUUUAGAAAUUACUACCGCGGACGGUGGCGUAGGACGGGUUGAGGAGAUAGGUGAUAUCCUUCUAGAAUCAGAAGGGGGGGAUAUCUCAGUGGGUUACGUCCACUGGAUCCCCAAUCUAACAGUCAACCUUCUAUCCUUUGCGAAGCUAGAAGAUCAAGGCUUCAGAUACCAACUAUCAGAUACCACCCCUUCCUAUUUUACAAUAAGGGCCCCGAACGGUGCCAACUUCACCGCUGUUCGCACGUCCAAAGAAUCGGUCUACAAGAUAAUAGAACGAGAAUCUCAAAUAGACGUCCAUCACCCGUCCCAGGCCGUCCAUUUUAUGGCCAAAUCUUACAAUUACGGGGACGCAAUGUCGACAAUCGCGGGGAAACCUAACGAUCAACCUAGCGAUCGCAACCCCCUGACAAGAACACUCAUGGAAUGGCACGUCACACUAGGGCAUAUCCACGCUGGCGCGAUCAUUGCACUAGCGAAGGACCCAUCAUCCGGCAUCCGCAUCAAAGGAUCUAAAACAGGCUUCUUCUGCGAUAGCUGCGUCAAAGCAGGCAUGACACGCAAGUUCUCGCAAACUCCCAUGCCACGAGCGUUGCGAGCAAUGCAACGUGUUCAUAUCGACCUUGCUGGCGGUGGUCGUACGCUGGAUGAUAUGUCCGAUUACCCUAUCGAAUCUCGUCAAGGGACCAAAUAUUAUAUGCUCAUCACCGAUGACGCCACCCGCUACAGGUGGAUCUAUUUUUUACAUACCAAGGACCAAGCUGUCGAAAUUUACGCUCACUGGGUCCAAUUCAUGAAAAAUCUCGGCUUCACGCCACCGGCGCUAGUUAGGACUGAUAUCGAUGGUGUCUUUCGAUAUAACAAGAUGACAACAAUGAUGACCAAAGAUGGCACUAUCUGGGAACCUACUACGCCCCAGUCUCCCCACCAAGAUGGUGUUUCUGAGAGAGGAAUCCGUACGAUAAUGACACGCGCAAGGGCAGUGCUUUUAGGCAUGAAUAUACCGAAGAAGUUCUGGGCAGACGUUCUCGAAACGGUGGUUGCAAUUACCAACAACACACCAACAUCUACCACCCUGUAUAAUGAGAAAUACUGGCCUACCAACAACGCCGACGAAGCACCUGCGCGAUGCCCCUAUACGGUCCCAUUCUCAGCACUAACCAACGCCCCGCCCCAACUUCGCCAUUUUAGGGAGCUAGGUGUUGAUGUUUACGCGCACCUUCAUGGAUCUCAAAAACCUACUGACAAGCUGUCCGCUAGGGCAGAAAUUUUUAAACUUAUAGGAUUCCGUGGUAACUCAAUCUACCGCCUCUGGAGUCCUACAACUGAUAAAAUAAUUGUCACCAGUGAUGUCGUUUUCCCUGCAAAGGAACCUACAACCUCGCAGGAUGACACUAACCACACGACACCCGAACCUGCAAGUCCAGCGACUUAUCUCGUUGAUGAUACUACCGUUCCUGAAUUAGCUGACGCUGAAUGGGUAAGACCAGCGAAAGCGUUCGCCACCUACGUUCCUUCUCCCCUCACCGGUUCCGUUCCGAAAGGAUAUAAGGAUGCCGUUGGUAGACCUGGGGGGGUUGGCGAAUAUUGGCAGAAAUCGAUGGAACGCGAGAUUGCAGAUUUGGAACGAAGGAACACUUGGACAAUGAUCCCACGUUCUGACGUCCCUUCUGGUGAGCCAGUGGCCCCCGGCCGCUGGGUUUAUGUCGAAAAAGAUCGCCCCCAGGAUCCCAACGCGGAUCCUGAUGGUAUAUUACGAAAAUCUCGAUGGGUAGUGUGCGGUAAUUGGUUAAAGAAAAGCGCACGCGAAGAAACAUACGCGCCCGUCGUUAAUGACGCUACUAAUCGCAUGAUGUUCGCGAUAGCAGCGAAGCGAGGUUGGACCUUGCGCCAGGUCGAUAUAGUGAUGGCCUACCUACACGGCCGACUUGGUAAAACGAUUUAUAUGCGGCAACCUACCGGAUUUGAGGUGGGGACUCCACACGCGAUGGUUUGCGCUGUCGGAGGCUCCCUAUACGGAUUGGACCCUGCUGCUAAGAUUUGGUACGAUUUCCUUACGGCAUUACUCCGCGAGAAUGGCUUCAAACCUAGCCCCUACGACCCUGCUCUAUGGCGCCACACGUCCCGCAAUCACCUUUAUAUGACAAUCUACGUGGACGACCUUCAUAUUAUAGCAGAGGAUCCGGCAGAUGCCGAUUGGCUAGUUGACACCCUCGCCAAUAAAUUAGAAAUAAAGGAUUUAAAAGAACCUUCAAAAUACUUAGGCAUGGAGGUUGAACGUCGCCCUGAUGGUGCUAUAAAAUUGACAUUGAGACGCUAUAUCGAUCGUUUAGUGCAAGAUUUCCGCCUAGAUGACGCCGUCCCUGUCCCUACGCCAAUACUUGAAGGGUUGAAGAUAGACGAUACCCCUGUGUCAGAACGAGAAGGAGGGUUCACCAAAAAGCGAUACCAACACGGAGUAGGGUGCUUGCAGUAUCUGGCAGUCAAAUUACGCCCAGAUAUUGCGCGAGCAGCAUCCCUACUAGCGCAGAAGAAUACUGCGCCUACACCUAAGGCGUGGAGGGCUCUCCUCCGC